GCACCUUGAUCAGAGAGAGAUUUAAUCAGGCAUAGUAAAUCAACACGUUUCGGCUUGUUUCUUUUGAAAAACGACAUUUUUUACAACUAGCAUCUCAGUAGUUUGAAAUGGAUUAUCAACGCCGUAUUACAUCAUAUCAUUUGAGAAUACUUUGCUUUUUUAAUCUGGCUUGUUCUGUGUUGUUGUCUAGCUGUCCUCAUACCUGUGACUCAGGCUUCAUCAUUAACAAGUGUAAGUGUGUCCCUUGUCCCGAUGGCUACUACUGGUACAAGCUUAAUGGCCGUCCUAAGUGUGACUUAUGUACUGAAGCCUGCUCAGUUGAUCGGCACUUGACACAGGUGAAGGAAUGCCGCCGGGACUCAAACCGUGAGUGCCACUGUGACAGGGGCUUUUUCUGUGCCAGCACUGCCCAGUAUACCUGCAGGAGGUGUAAACCGUGCGUGUCUGGCACCUUCUCCAACACAGCAAACCUAGCCACGUCCUGCAAACCCCACACAGUUUGUGGCCAUAAGGGAAUGACCAUGUUAACAGAGGGCACUGCCUCUCAGGAUCGUGUGUGUGCCCAGACUUCCCCCACCUCUCCUACAACUACUGCACCUCCACCUGCUCAAAGUUCAAAGAUGUCCCUUCGUUCUGCUAUAUCCAGUGAUGUUGGCACCAACAGAGAACUCCUCAUCGCGAGAUCCGCAUCUCGACUGGUUUGGUCUCCUGAGGACGUUCUCAUCAGGUCCCCUCUGUCCCAAGCCAGGAGAGACCCCUCCAUCUCCCUCCCAACCAAGCUCAACACCAGGAAAAAGCCAUGCAAGGUGGACAGUGACACCUCACCUGCAGAGUCUGCCUCUGCACCCCCUCUUACCACAAAAGACAAUGACUCACCUAAUCUCCCAGUCCCAGCCUCUGGACAGAGCCCUCCCAGUCUCCCUUUGCUGCUGCUGAUAGUUGGGCUCCUAGGGGUCACUCUGCUGCUGAUUGGUUACUUUGUGGGGUGUAGGGGGAGGUCACUGGAGUCCAUGCACAAGUGGAAAGGUCCAAUAUUUGGGAAAUAUAUUUGUAAGGAAAGUCUGAGAGGGAGCUAUAAAGCGUGGGAGUGCCAGCCUUGUCCUGCUGCCCUACAGACGGCUUCCUAUAAGCAGGCCAAGCUGCCACAGGAGAGAAUCCCACACCUGGAGGUCCAGCAUCUUCUGGGGAGGGAGACUGGGGGAGAUCCUAGACGGGAGGGUGCAGGGUCACAACCUCCAGGGGGCAUGCAGAAUGUCUCAGUAGAUCCCUCUGGAGGAGAAAACAUUAGCAACAUAGUAGGGUCCAUAUACAUCUACUCUCCAGGGACGGUUAUCCUGGGAUCCAACAAAUCAGACAGGGAGGGGGAUCAAGGGGAGAGUGGAGGUGAGGGCUGUCCCCUCACCAGCAAGCCCCAGCAGGAGACCUCCUACCCACUCCCUUGGGGCUCCACUCUGGGGCUAGAGAGAAUGAGUACGCCGAAGGAUACCUGCAAAGAGCUGAGCUUCCCCGUCCCAGCCACCAGCAAUUGAAAACUAUUUAAAAAAUGGUGGUGGGGGGGGGGGCAGGUUCAGUUAAUAUCAUACCAUCUCUGGGAGGAUAGAGACUGAAUAUUAUUUGCUACUGUAAAGACAGACUGAAUUUCAAAAUCCACUGGGGUCUAUGGGCCUUCUAUUAUUAAAGAGUGACAUCUUGUUUGAACUGCAUGUUAUGGUCUUACUUCACAGCAGCAGUGCUGGGACAGUACCUAAGAGAGGAAUGCGUGUUCUGUUUGAUAUGCGGUGAUGACGCUGUGAGUUGGAGUUUCCCAUGCUCGGGUACAUGUUCACAAUGGCGCCAGACAUUCUUGCUCAGACAUUCUGCUCAGCGUUCUGCUCAAAUUAAACUGUAUCAACCACAAAAAAUGCAAAGACAAGCACUUCAUACUAGGUGUGAAGUAACUUCAAUAACCAUGGUAGUUGGGGUGUAAAGAGCAUACCAUUUUUCAUUGUGAAGUAAUACAUGGACUGUCUGGGAAAUGUAUAC